UACCACUCUCCACCCCUUUCCUUUACCUCUCUCUGAUUCUCACUUCUUCAACUUUCUCUCUCUAUCUCUAACCUUUCUCUCUCUAACUUUCUCUCUCUAACCAUGGCCAACACCAACAUUGCCUUCUUCCUCUUCAUCGCUUUACUUGCUACCGGCGCUCUCGGUCAGGCUCCCUCUCAGGCACCGGCACACUCCCCCACCGCCACCCCAAAAAACCCUACUCCACCAACAGCUUCACCACCAAAAUCCACCGCCACCCCUCCCACCUCUCACUCCGCUCCUCCCCCUCAAGUCUCUUCACCACCCACCCCUACCCCCACCUCCGAACCACCAACCUCCUCCGAGUCUCCCACCGAAUCCCCCACCGAAUCCCCUCCCGCUCCCAUCUCUCCCACCACCGCCCCCGCCGCCGGUCCCAUCGUCAGUGACGCUCCUGCCGAAGCCCCUGGUGCUGCUGCUCCUGCUAGUGGCGCUGCUUUUCUCAGACUCUCUGUUGGUGGAUCCGUCGCCGCUCUAGCCGCCGCCGCGGUGUUGCUGAUGUAGAUCUGAGUCGUCCGUCACGUGGUAGAUGUUUAUGGUUUUUAGGGUUUAUUAAUUUAUAGUAUUAUAUUAUUAUUUCGUACGAGAUUAUGAACAUUAUUAUUAGGUUUUUUAAUUUUGUUGUUUAAUAUUGUCACUCAUGUGAUUAGUGAUAUUAUUAUUAUUGAUAGAGAUUGCUGAGGGGUCUUUUUUGUUUUCUAGGGUUUGAUUGACUCUCUCUGAGACUACUAUUACUAUUAUUAUUAUCAUCGUUUUGAUUA